AUGACGUACCCCAGUCAACACCCAGGGCAACCACCUGCGAAGCUUCCCCGCACGGGUCUCGCCCCUCUCCUCACCACGCUAAACACUCCCGGUGAAAUCGAACUCCCUGACGGCUCCAUCGUUCCCGUCAACCCGCCCCACCGGCCAAGUUGGCGCGUCACCUUCCACACCCCGGCCUCCCUCCGCACCCCAAUCACCGAGCUUGCCGUUGGUGAGGCCUACGUCAAAGGCACCAUCAGCAUAAGCGGCGACCUAGCGACGCUCCUCGCAUCCCGGCCUGAUUCUGAGGAUAAAGUCCCCCUGCGCCAACGUCUCCGCUUCCUCUGGGACUACUAUUUCCGUGCUGGCACUCGUAUGAACGCUCAAUCAAUCAACGAGCACUACGGCCGCGGCGACGACUUGUUCCUCACAUUCAUCGACACGCGGUACCGGUUCUACACGCACGGAAUAUUCGAUCAACAGGACACAGACGGACAGAGGAUAAGCAUAGAGGAUGCGGCCGAGCGCAAACUCGCACGGAUGUUUGCCGCCUUGCGAUUGGAGGCCGGAAUGCGUGUGCUGGAUAUUGGUGGGGGCUGGGGUGGGGUCACGGAAUACUGUGGCGCCAGAGGGGUACAUGUUACCACGUUGACAUUGCUCGAAUAUCAGGCACGGUAUGUUGAGAAGAUGCGGCAAAGGUUGCAGUUGCCUGGGCACGUGCUGGUCGGGGACUUUUGGGUGUGGGAGUCUGAAAGGGAGUUCGAUGCGGUCGUGAUUUUAGGGGUCAUCGAGCAUUUGCCUGAUUAUCGGCGGUUUGCAAGCAGGGCGUGGAAUUUGCUGAAGGUGGGAGGGAGGAUGUACUUAAAUGGUUCGGCAGCGGUGGAGAAGUACGCUGUCAGCCCGUUCACGAGGCGGUAUGUUUGGGGUGGUACGCAUACGUAUAUGGCAGUGCAGGAUGUGGUGGGUGAACUUUUGAUGCAUGGAUUCGCAGUGGAAGAGGUGGUACAGGAGACCAAGGAUUAUGGGUGGACAAUGGAAGAAUGGGCGAGGAGAUUGGAUCAGGCCAAAGAUAAGAUUGUAGCGGGCUGGGGCGAAGAGACCUAUCGUGUCUUUAGGCUGUUCCUGUGGGGCGGAGCGCAUGCAUUUUCUGUCAAUGCUUUGCAGGCAUACCAUGUGGUAGCCGAGAAGACAGCAUCUAGAGGGCCGAGACCAUCGGCCGGCAGGAGACUGGUGCAGUUCUUUGGAAAAUUGAGAACGACAGCUAGAUUCGCCAUCAAGUCCCUCGACCACCUGGUGCUGACGGUGCGGUCCAUCCCUACGACGGUGGCCUUCUACACCUCCCACAUCGGAAUGCGACAUGAGAUCUUCACCUCUCCGAGCAGUCCGGACGUCCAACGUCACUGCCUCAUCUUCGGUUCACAGAAAAUCAACCUUCAUGAACACGGCAAAGAAUUCGAGCCCAAGGCCCAGAAUGUGAUACCAGGAAGUGCGGACCUCUGCUUCCUAACUGAUAUCAAAGUCGGUCAGGUGAAGAAGGCUCUCGAGGAGGCUCGCAUUGAGCUGUUGGAGGGGGGUGAGAUCGUUCAGCGCACCGGAGCUCGAGGCAAGAUCCACAGUGUGUAUUGUCGCGACCCGGACGGCAAUUUCAUUGAGAUCUCCAAUUACGCGUAA